AACUCCAAGAUAAGAGCCCUUCACCCCCAACAGGAUAGGAAGUGCCGCUUCGAGAUCCCUUUCGCUUUUUAACAUUCUGUAAUAUUCUUUCUAUUAUUCCGGUGGCACACAUCUGGAGCAAUCUGGCGGUAAUUGGAUUCCCGGGACCUCGCAGCAAUUCACUCUGGAGGAGGCCGACUUCCUCCAAUUCGAGGCCGUCCUUUGAUCCUGUUACGUACAAACUGGACCCUGCCGGCAGCGCCCAACCGCCAACCAUCAUCGUCCCAGGGGCCCCCCCCCGGACAUGUCGCCCUACCCUAGAUUUUUCUAGUCGUUCUACCGCAAGAAGCGAAGGCCGUUAUUAAUACAAGGGGACCCAUUUGGCGUUUGUUGAGCGUGGUGAUGACCCCACGUCUCUUUCUCCCGACACGACAGACCUCACAUCCCCCGACAUCCUCACAUCCUCCAGGUGUCAAGAGAAAGUAUGUUUGCCGGGCAAAGAGCAACUCGAGCAGCAGUAGCAACGUCACUACAGCCGCCAUGGCGUGCAACACCAAAACCUCGGAUUCCCGGCCAUCUCCGACCCUCAGUCCCCCCAGGACCACAACGACUCUCACCCAGCCAAUAACUCCGACCAAUCCGGUACAAAUUCCCGUCAAGCAGAAGCGGCGCGAGCAUACGCAUCCGCCGAAACCGCAUCGUCACCAUGGAGAUCGACGGCACCAACCCGGCUCGCACCGCCCGAGCGAUGUACACUCUCCCGACGCCAUUCCGCCCUCAGUCGCCGCUCUCCUGGCCCUCACCACCAUCCCGCCCCCGAAGGGCUCGCGGCCGGUACGGCACCGGCGGAUACUGGGAGAUGAGAGAAUGACCGUCGACUCAAUCAUAGGGCGCACACAAGAAUCUGAGAAAGAGCUGAGCUUGACACUGAGCAGGAACCCAAUGGACCUCCUCCUGAGUGCACCGGAAGAUCUGGAGGUGGAUGUUUCCAUGUGCGAAGGUUCUGAUCUUCUUACUCGGACCGUGUCGUUGGACUCGAUGCCAUCCCUGGGCGGGUCGUUUACAACAGAGACAUUCUCGUCCGUUGAGACGCCCUUCUCUUCAUCCAGGUCAAGAAAGUCGCAACCCACCCGUCGACCCCUGGAACCUGUGUCAGCCCCACACGGCGAGCUGGACGAUCACCCGUUAUCUUCUCGCCGUAUCGAUAUAGAGCAACUGGAUUUUCGAGUGUUCGACAGCUCACUAGAAACUGAUGUCAAACCCGAGAUGCGGCUGCCUUUCCGCCCCUUGAAAUCGGCCUUCAAGUCGAAUCUCACUGCCUCGCUACGAGCUCUGCGCCAAGCCGCCCGCUCCUUUUCCGCCCUGAAUUUCCCCUCGAUUCCCCCCGAGGACUUCCUGACCCGGUCAAUCCUGACCAUCGACCCCCAGGUCCCCUAUACAGACGAGCGCAGACCGCCUCCCCUCGAGGAGGAGCCGACCGCCGCCCUGCGCCGCUAUCUCAACCCCACCACCAGGGCACGGAUAGAGCAGCCCAGGGCGGCAGCAGCCCCGAUGCCCACGACGACCGCGCGGCCCUACACGGCGUCAAUCCAGAUGCAGACCUACAAGGUGCAACGCGCGCGCGUCUCAUCCGGGGAGCACCUGGGCCGCUUCCCGCGCCCAUCCCCGGGAUCGCCACCGCGCGCCUCGAGAGCCGGCGCAUCACCAGCGGCGCAUCACCAGCGGGGGCGGGGUCCCGCCGCAGCCGACUCCGACCCCGACCCGUUGGUGGCGGUACCCGGCCCGCGGCAGCGCGAGAUGCGCGAGAACUCGGACUUCAUCCGCAUCGCGGUCAUGGAGAUGGCGAUGCGCAAGAGGGGCAAGCUGGACGACCAGCGGCCGGGGAGGGCCCGCUGGGCGCUGCCGCCGCGGAGGGUCAGCCCCAGGCCGUACGUGGUCGGGGCCGACGGCGUGCCCGCGAGGUGGGUUGCCGUCACGCAUGGGACUGCGUGAGUCAUUGGGCGGUUUGCCCGGCGACGGUGACGGCGACAUUGGACUCGCCUCUUUGCGAUUUGGGGAACGCGAUUUCGUCAAAUCAACCCUUGGUCGGAAUUGGCUAUGCCACCCCGACAGCCCGUCAGGAGUGGCCAUGAUGUUCAACUACCCAAGUCAACGAACCUUACGGCAUUGCAUUCUUCGACGUAUUUCUGAGGG